GGGGGAGGGCUGCAGCGCCCCAGACCCCAGGGCCGGAGGGAGAGAGGUCAGGAGCCGCCCCCGAGCCCGAAUCCUCAUCCUUGCAGCGGAGCGUGAGGGGGGGCGAGGGGGUCAGGCAGGGCCAUGGCCGAGGAGCUGCGGGAGGAGGCCGAGGAGCUCCUGGACCACCUGCGCCGCAAGCAGCCCUUCCAGUCCGACUGGGACACGGCCGCCUUCGUCGUCAUCUUCGCCUUCAUCGGCACGGUGCUGCUCCUGACCGCGCUGGCGUUCCUGCACUGCUGCUGCUGCUGCUCCUGCUGCUGCCUCGGCCCCACGGGGGCCACCCGCCACCGCGCCCAGAGGGCAAAGGUCGGUGUGGACAACCUGGGCAUGAUCCCUUAGCCACCCCAGCCGCGCUUGCCACGAGAAGGCCCGCCGAUUCUCCCCCGGGCCCCACCCUGGCACAGUAAAGACUCAGACUGUGACCGGCUGGCUCUUCAGCCCCUCACUCCUCCCCGACCACCCCUAACUCACCCCGGGAAGGGGAUGGGGACCAGAAGGGGGUGGGGGGGCAGGACCCCACCCGGGAAGAUUCCCCGUCCUGCCUCCCCCUCCACCCCAAAUACACACGGAUCCUCUGCCCCAGCGCACCAACACACACUCCCGGCAGCCAGCACUGGGUGUAGGGUCUUUAUUUCCCAACAGAAUCUUGACUGGAUAAGAGAAGGAGCGGGUCUCUCCGGGCCCCUCCGCUGGCCCCACCUUCCAGCUGCUUUACCUGCCCGCUGGGCCCAGGGCCCGGGCCCACCCCAGCUGGGGGGUCUUGGCCCCUGGGCUGGGCCCACCACACCUUGGGGCUGUGGCAGAGGCUCGGGGGUGAGAGGGGACAAGAGGAAGAGGAAGAGGAAGUAGAGAUAUGAGUCCCAAUCCCUCCUUAGGGUGUCUACCAAAGGUGAACAGUGCAUAUGCACACCUUGGGGGGUGGGGGGGAGACAAAAGGGGCCCCAGACCUUCGACAUCCACAGUCCCGAGCUGGGGAUAGGCAACCUACGCGGCCCUGGAGAUCCCAGAGAGUGGAGGUUGGGUUCAGGGCCCCUCCCGGGAAGCCCCAGCGCCAGCCCCCGACUGAGCCCGCCACCACCGGCCUCGGGGCUCCAUCCCUGGCAUCGGAAGCCGUCACGGGUGCAGACCUGCUUCCCCGGUGUCCCCCAUCCCCACCGCACGCCUCGAGAAUAGGAAGAAAUAAAUAAUUGUACCUGG